AUGACAGCUGUCAAUGUUUAUAUGCUUUAUGGAGGAACCAAUUGGGGUAAUAUCGGCUUCCCUGAAGUUGGCACCAGUUAUGACUACUCGGCGCCCAUUCACGAGACUCGUUUGAUUGGCGACAAGUACAAUGAAGCCAAGCUCUUUGGUCUUUUCAUGCGUGUUGCCCGCAAUUUCUCUAAGGUGGAACGAGUGGGGAAUAGCACCCAGUAUGCUACGGACCAGGAUAUCUUCACAACUGAACUCCGCAAUCCAGACACCGGGUCUGCCUUUUAUGUCACCCGCCAUGAGUACUCUCCUUCCACAGAGCUGACCAAGUUCCGGCUGCACGUCUCCACUGAUAUUGGAAACCUCACAGUCCCAACUAAAGGAUCCAUUACUAUCAAUGGAACGGAAUCUAAAGUCCUGGUCACGGACUUCCCCAUUGGUUCCUCCGGAAAGAAGAUCACUUACACGACCUUGGAGAUCCUCACGGUAGCUGACCUAGGAGACCGUCAGGUAGUCGUAUUCUGGGCUCCGGAGGGCGAAGAAGGGGAAUUUCUACUUAAAGACGCAAAGUCCGGCAAAGUCAUGACCGGAAAUGCAGAUAACAAGACGGUAACGACGACUCGAUAUGGUGUUGUGACCAGCGUUGGUGCAGGAAAUGAGAAGACGGUUAUUGAUUAUAACCAUGACGUUCAAGCUGUGGUGGUAGAUCGCCAGUCUGCUUACAAGUUCUGGGCUCCUACGUUGAAUAAUAACCCACUUGCAUGGGAGAAUUCUACGGGUAACUGUGCCCCCAUGCUACGAGAAUUCCUUGUCCACGGACCCUAUCUCGUCCGCACGGCCGAGAUCGACGGCGAUACCAUCUAUAUCACGGGUGACUGGGACGAAGAAACUGACAUUGAGAUCUGGGCACCGAAGAACGUAAAAAAUGUCUUCUUCAAUGGCUCGAAGCUGAAGAUCACGAAGUCUAAGUAUGGAACUCUCGUUGGUAGCCUUCCCGCCCCUGAAGUUACGGCGGAUAGCCUUCUCGCAGAGCUCCCGCCACUUACCAACUGGAAGGUAGCAGAGAAUCUUCCGGAGAGGUUGGUGGAUUAUGACAACUCCAAAUGGACCGAUGCAAACCAUAUGACAACUCCCCAUUUCGUUCCUCCCGAUACCUACCCCGUUCUGUUUGCUGACGAGUAUGGGUACCAAGCGGGUAACAUUCUCUGGCGAGGAAGGUUCGACGCCUCGGAAGAGAGUAUGCCCUCGGGUGCUUAUCUUCGUGUCAUUGGCGGUCUUGCCAGCGGCUUUUCUGCGUAUGUCAACGGCGAAUUCCUCGGGUCCUGGCUGGGCUCAAUGGCCAACAAAACGGGCGAGCUAGAGGUAUCUUUCAAGGACGUCAAGCUCAAUACAGGAGAUGAUAAUAUCCUAUUUGUCAUUCAGGAUACAAUGGGCAAGGAGCAGCGUGAUGCCGCGCCAGACCCACGAGGCAUUCUUAAUGCCACAUUGAUUGCUGCAGAUGGCUCGCCUACUAAUUUCACCUCGUGGAAAGUGGCCGGAAAUGCUGGCGGAAACCAUCUGCUUGAACCAGUACGUGGCACGUACAACGAAGGCGGCCUUCAUGCAGAGCGCCUUGGCUGGCAUCUCCCUGGCUUUGAUGACAAUGAUUGGGAGUCAGGUGCCCCUGCGGACGGAUUUACCGGCGCUGAUGCGCGCUUUUACCGUACCGUUGUCCCGUUGAAUAUUCCUGAAGGUUACGACGCCAGCUUGGCUUUCCAGCUAAGCACUGAGAAGAAGGCAAAGCUACGGGCUCAACUAUAUGUCAACGGUUAUCAGUUUGCAAAAACCUUGCCCUACAUUUCGAAUGAAACAACUUUCCCUGUAUUUCCUGGCAUCCUUGACUAUAAUGGCAACAACACUAUUGGUCUCAGCGUGUGGGCUAUGGAUGAAGCUGGAGGACGGGUUGAUGUAGCCUGGAAAGUGAUGGGCGUGCAUCGAUCAGCUUUUGAUCCUCUAUUUGAUGGCGAAUACCUUCGACCUGGAUGGAAGGAUCGCUCACAAUAUGCCUGA